AUGCUCCAUGCGGAACCGGGAGCUGGCUUUUACCGAACUUUUACCCUGAGCGUUUUUGAAGCAGCUCUCAACUCCAUCAAACCCGAUAUACAACUGCAUCGCGAACUGCGCCCUGUUCGCCAUUGCAAUCCCUCAAUGUUGCGAACUUCGCUUCAGUCUGUGAGGGCUUUUGGCGGCAGGCCCGUUGUGGCCGCUGCUGCCCGCCAAUGGCCCAUUGCGGCUACGCGGACUGCCUCUCUUGCUGGUCAGCGAUUCUACGCUGUCGACAAGAAGCCCGAACUCGAUGCUAAGCAACCCGUACUGCCACCUUCCCAGACUAUCUCAUCCGAGAGAAUCCACGAGACCACUAUCGACGAUGUCGGCGAGACCAAGGCUGUUAUCGGAGAGGUUCCCAGAACACCACCUCCUCCCCCGCCUCCUGCUCCCAAGAAGAAGGGUUUCUUCCGAAGACUGAAGAACUUUGUCUUCACCCUUCUCGUUCUUGGUGUUGUUGGUUUCGCUGGAGGUGUCUGGUACUCUCGUAUUAGCGACAACUUCCACGACUUCUUCACUGAAUACGUCCCAUUCGCCGAGCAGGCUGUCCUCUACCUCGAGGAAAUGGACUACAAGAAGCGAUUCCCCAACGUUACCGGCCGAUCUAAGUCCCAAGCCACCGAGGAUGCCGUCAGAGUUCCUGCUCAGAGCGGCGCUUCAUGGCGAGUUGCUGAGGCCGAGCGUCACUCAAGUGCUGGUCCCGUUGCCGCCGCCAAGAAGAAGGUUGAGGAAGUAGUCAAGCCCAAGCCCAAGGCUAAGGCCAAGGCUCCCGUUGUUGAAGCCAAGGAAGUUGCGAAGGAGGCCGCUCCCACCAAAUCUGAUACUGGUUUCAAGGCCCCUGAAGUUAACGAGCCCUCUAAGCUCCCUCCUCUGAAGCCAAUUGACCUGCUAUCACUUGAGGAUGCCAAGGAGCCUGUUAUUCAAGACCUUGUCCACAUGGUCAACGACCUUAUCCUGGUUAUCAACGCCGAUGGUGCUCAUGGCAAGUAUGGCACCUCCGUUGACAAGGCCAAGAGUGAGAUCGCCAAGGUUGGAGGCAAGCUUAAGAGUAUGAAGGGCGAGUUCGAGAAGAAGGCUGCCAUGCAAGUCCGAGAGAAGAUCGAGGAGUUCGACAAGGCCGCUAGUGACCUGAUUGACCGCGUUGAGAACACCAUGAUCAGCCAGGAGGACCAAUGGCAACGAGACUUUGAGCAUGAAAUGAAGACGGUCCGAGAGAACUACGAGGGCCGUGUCAAGACUCUCCUCGAGCGUGAACAGAAGGUCAACGAGGAGAAGCUCCAGAACCAGCUUGCUCAGCAGGCUUUGGCUCUCAAGAAGGAAUUCACCAAGGAUAUCGAGAAGCAAGUUGAGGAGGAGCGCCAGAGCCGUCUGGGCAAGCUGAGCGCUCUGUCUUCUGCUGUUGGAGAGCUUGAGAAGCUCACUACCGGCUGGAACGAAGUUCUCGACACUAACCUCAAGACCCAGCAACUCCACGUUGCUGUCGAGGCUGUCCGAGCCAGCCUUGAGGAUGACCACCACCCUCGUCCCUUUAUCCGCGAGCUUGUCGCCCUCCGCGAGAUCGCUUCUGACGAUCCCGUUGUCAAUGCUGCUAUUGCCUCAGUCAACCCUGCCGCUUACCAACGCGGUAUCUCUACUUCUUCCCAGCUGAUUGACCGUUUCCGUCGUGUCGCCAACGAGGUCCGAAAGGCCUCUCUGCUACCCGAUGAGGCCGGUGUUGCCAGCCACGCUUCCAGCUGGGUCCUCAGCCACGUCAUGUUCAAGAAGCAAGGACUUGCUGACGGUAACGACGUGGAGAGCAUUCUUACUCGAACCCAGACAUACUUGGAAGAGGGUGAUUUGGAUUCUGCUGCACGAGAAAUUAACGGUCUAGAUGGAUGGGCCAAGACCUUGAGCAAGGAUUGGCUGGGUGAGGUUCGCAAGGUGUUGGAGGUUCAGCAGGCUCUUGACGUGAUUGCUACAGAAGCCCGUCUUCAGAGUCUCCGUGUGGAUUAA